UUAAUACCUAUUUGACUUUAAUAAGUGAUUGUUGUGCCGUUUAAAGAGUCCCCCGUUGCGCCACUCAAAUUCUACGGCUAUCCAUCCGGUUGCCUGAUUCCGUUUCUCCAGUUGCCCGGUCCUCCGAUUCUCAGCAGAUCAUUAGGCCGCAAAGUCUUCUGGCGGUGGGUCCAGGCUCUCCGGGUUAUUCCAUUGCCAGUUCGCCAGCGCCAGUUGGCACUUUUGGAUGCCGCGUCGCUAAAAGCACUGGAUCGCAGUGAUACUCGUAUCGGUGCUUCUAGAGCGAGAGAGAUAGACAGCCAGCCAGUGAAGGAGCAAGCGAGAUAGGGCCGCACACGGACGCUCUCUUUUCGCGGACAGAUUGUUGUUUUUCAACCGACGACGUUUUUAUGGCUUAUUGAAUUUGGCCAGCGGCAGUCAAAAAGCGCGCGCUACGCCUGCCACAACUGCCGGGUUCGAUCCGAAUUCUAUAUCUGCUAUAUAUAUACAUAUAUCUUCCUCUGCAUAUCGGAAAAUGUAACUCUCGAUCAAGUGCAGCUGACUUAUAAUAAUCAAAUAUAUCACGCCUUCGUCGCCUAAUUACACACACAUCAAUUAAAAAGUGAUCGCGCAUUAAAAACCCAUCACAAAAUAUAAUUCGACGACAAAUAGUGUAUUAAAUAAAAUAAUUCAUUUAAUGUGAACCACCAGCAAUUCAGUUUAACUAUCCACCACCCACGUUCAAUUUGUAUGAGCUUUUUUUUACUGUUUCUUUUUCUUUUACUGUUACUGUUUCGCUCGCUGUAUUCCUUGCGAUUUUCCCGACGGUUCCGAUUUUCCGCACGCGAGAUCCUUAAUUAUGAGCAAUUAUAAUCCGAAUUGCGGUUACUUCGAGGAUUGCAGCUACUACACGAACAACGUGUUUCAACAGGAUUAUUGCAUGCAGACGGAUUACGAGUACAACAAGCAUGUCUACGACUUAUUCGAUGCAAAGGUGCCGUCGUCCCAACGCUCUGGCUUCCAUAUAUCGGACAUCUUGAAUUUGGAGGGCUCUGAGCUGAAGAAUGCAGCAGCUGCCGCCGCUGCUGCCGCCCACCAUGGCAGCGAUUUGAGUCACCACUCGGCCAGUGAGUCCACCAGUGGACAUCGCGGCCAGGGAUCUCACACCUCGCCUUCGGCGCUGUCGCCCACGCCAGCGGGCGUUUCCGCGGACGAGCACCACAAUGGCAGCGGGACUGGGGGAGGAGCGGGAGAAGCGGAUCACCACAGCACCACCGAGCAUCACGCCCCUCCUAGCCAUCCGCAGCAACAGCACCCGCACCACCAGCAGCACCACCACCCUCACCUCCUCCUCCCGCAGCAGCACCAUCAGCAGGCGGUGGCCCCACUCCCUUUGGCGCACCAUCAGAGCGGCGAAGCCCAAAGCCACGCCCAUGCCAAUGCAGCCGCCGCCCAUCUGCUGGCCAGCCACAAUGCAGCGGCUGCGGCUGCUGUGGCCGCCGGCCAAUAUCUGCCCAACCUGCCCAAGAACUUCCCGGGGAGCUUUGGCGACGAGAUGUCCUCGUACCACCACAUGGCCCAAACCAUGCUGCAGCACUCGGGCAGGAGUGCGUGGAUCAAGGAGAACGAGCUAUACGGUACCCAGCAGCCCGCCAGUCCGGAUAGCACCUCCCCAGUUACCUCGGAAGUGUCGUACACCUACAUUGGUUCCAACUGCCAGACAUCGCCUGCCCUUUCCGGCGAUUACAAGAGCUACAGCCGGUCGGCCGAUAGCGAUGCACUAUCCGUGGGCGACGCCCUGCACACCCUCCAUGGAUCCUCUGGUAAUGGAAGUGCCGGAGGCGCUCCGACGGCCCAUGCCCUACACAACAACAAUAAUAAUACGACAAACAACAAUAACCACAGCCUGAAGGCCGAGGGGAUCAACGGAGCAGGCAGUGGUCACGACGAUAGCCUCAACGAAGAUGGCAUCGAGGAGGAUAUCGACGACGUGGACGACGCCGACGGCAGUGGCGGCGGGGAUGCAAAUGGAUCCGACGGUCUGCCAAAUAAGAAACGGAAGCGACGAGUCCUGUUCACCAAGGCGCAAACAUAUGAGCUGGAACGUCGGUUUCGACAACAACGUUACUUGAGUGCCCCGGAACGCGAGCACCUGGCCAGUUUGAUCCGCCUGACGCCGACCCAGGUGAAGAUCUGGUUUCAAAACCAUCGCUACAAGACGAAGCGGGCGCAAAACGAGAAGGGCUACGAGGGUCAUCCUGGUCUACUGCACGGCCAUGCCACCCAUCCGCAUCACCCCAGUGCCCUGCCAUCGCCCCGUCGGGUAGCCGUUCCAGUUCUGGUGAGGAACGGAAAGCCCUGCUUGGGCGAUAGUUCCAAACUGGGAGCCGACUGCGUCUCCGUGUCAUCAGCCACCGCCACCGCCAUGCAGAAUGCCGCCGCCCAUCACUUGGUUGCCCUAAAUGGAGCGGCCGCCUAUCAACAUGCCGCUGCAGCGGCUGCCGGCCUUCACGCCCACGCCCAUGCUCAUGCCCACGCCCACGGACACGGCCAUCCACACGCCCACGCCCAGAGGGCCGCCUGGUGGCCCUAAUAUUGCUAGGAACUGGCAUUCACGGGACUGGGGGCGGAUAGGUGGAUAGUCAGGCCCGUGGAGCGAUGAGCCAGAAGACCACGCCUCCAGAUUCCCAGUGAAGCCAAGUAAAAGAAUAUACAAUAAUAAUUGAAACACAUACAAACCCCUACUAGCGCUCAGUCUCCCGGACUUAUCCUUGAGUCGUUUCUGUACAUAGUUCAUAUAUAUAAUCAUAUAUAUACCUAAAUGACAUAAAUUUAUCCAUUCCUGGAUAUCAGACCAAUGCCCAUGACAAAAGAAAGCUACAUUUCCUUCUAAAUAAAAAUCAAUUUGCAUAAUACUAGUGUCUCUUGUCAAGCGCAUUUAAGUCGCAUAAAAUUUAGAAGUAGAUUCAUUUUUUUUAUUUUUUUUUUUUAGCCCUAAGUCCAAUCCCAAAGAUAAAAUGUGUAAAUAUAAUAUAAAAAUGAAGUAAAUCUGAAAAAUAGAUUAUUUCAAAAGAGAAAUAAAUAAUAGGAAAUAUGCAACUAAAUCUGUACUAUAUACCAUAUAAUCAAUUCAAGCGUAAUAAGUGUUCAAAUUUUUUAGACAAAACUUAUUGGCCUUUUUUUUCUAUGAAUACAUAUAUAAUAUAGGCACUUAGUCCUAACACAUAUUUUUUUCGUGCGUGUGUGCGUGUAUAGAGAGUAAACGAUCUUUGAAUUUAUAGCAAGUAAUGAGUUCAUAAAUUGUAACAAACAACAAAGACAGUACGCUGCGGAGACGGCAAAUGUAUCCAAAUUGCACAACAAAGCAAAUCAACACUACGAACUGCAAAGUACAUGUCAGAGAUUUAAUAAAAACCAAUUACAUACAUUAAAG